GGUCCUCUUGGUCGUCUGCUUGUUCCUUCGACGGGGCUCCCUUCUGCAUACCAUGAGCACCAGCCUACGAAUAGUACGCUCAAGUCUGCGAGCAGCUUGGAGAAGGCAGAGUUCUAGGGUGCUCGUUCGGCACGCUCACACCAGGAAAUCAUUACCUUACCCGAUAGAAGGAGGUCUCGGAGAGUUCCUGAAUCCCAAAGCAUUGAGAACUCUUGCCGUUGAAUAUCAGGAAGGCUUGCUGAACAGGUUGAACGAGGAGACACGAGGCACCUCUCACGAAAACAAAAGUGUGGUGCAGACCAUCAUUGAGACAUCAUGGGACAGGAGUCAAGUCAUAGCCUAUAAUUAUGCCAGCGAAGCGUUGAAUAACAGCUUCUUCUUGGAAUCUUUGACACCCUCUACCAAGGAUGCCCAUGAGUCAAAUAUCAAUGCUGACUUGCUACGGAGGAUCAACCGGCAAAUAGGGUCGCUCACUCAACUCAAAUCUAUUGUCUCUGCCCAUGCACUUGGGAUGUUUUCAUCAGGUUGGGUCUGGUUGGUGGCGGACCAGAGUGGUGCACUGGGCGCGAUCUCAACAUUCGGGACUGGAACAUUGCUAGUACGCAGCAGGCACCAGAUGGGAGGAGAAGAUGAUAGGAUUGUUUUGGGCACCGUACUGGACAGGUUCUCCCAGAAACAGACCAGCUCAAGGCCCUCUGGCGAGCCUAAUGUAUCCUCACCGGCCAGUACCUCCACGGCUCCUGCAUCCCCCACCUCUGGCGUUUCCUCGUCCUCAUCUCCUCUAAACCCCCCAAUGCAUACUCGGUCGUUGCACACGUCAGUGACUCGUUCACAAGAAUCCUUCCCAACCCCGGCCGGGUUGUUAGACUCGGUUGCCGCUUACGCAAGCAUUGGGGACGAACCACGGGUGUCAUACAACCGAGCUCCGCAGGAUCUCGACGACCGAUUAGGGGAGACAUUAUACCCCCUUUUCUGUGUCAGUGUGCACGAGCGUUCCUGGAUGAGCGGCGGGUAUGGGGUUUGGGGCAAGGAAGAGUACAUGAAGAGGUUUUGGUCGGUCUUGAACUGGAAGAAGGUUUCCGAGCGGUACAUGGCAGUGGCGGGCUCUUUCACGACGAUGCCUUAGGGCGAGAUACCCUGUGCCGGCCUAUAGCCCACACUGCUCUGCCUUCCUUGUUUCUACACUGCAGCAGUAUUAACUGCCUAAUCUGCGACCCCAUGUCGACAUGCACUAAUGUCAAAAGUAUCGCUGUGUUCCGAUUUCCCUGCUAAGUAACACCAGAACGUGCGGAGAAUAUAUCAUUAUAUGACGAUCAGGCCGC